CUCUCUACCCUUCAAGACGAGGGAGAGAGAAAAAGAGAGACGAAGACCGACCGGUAAAAUUCUCUCUCUCUCUCCUCUUUUCUUCUUCCUCUUCAUGGGCUCUACUCGCAGCAGAUCCUCAGAAUGUCUGAUCCGGAUUCCGCUCCUUCCACCUCUUCGUUCUCCAUUUCCGACGCCGAGGUUUCAAGGGCGGUGGUUCCUUCGUCUUCGUCUUCACCCACGUCAUCCUCUUCCUCUUCCUCUUCUUCUUCUUCUUCGGGUAUUGAAGAAGAAGAGAGGUUUCAACUUCAGAAUCCGGACCUGGGUUAUCGGUAUAUCGGAAUUCUGAAUCGGGGUGAUGUUGCGGCGCUUGGCGAUGCAUCUGCCGGUGCUGACGAAGAGAGCUUCUCCUGCUUCGCUGUGGUCCUCACUUUCUGGUUCUUUGUGGCUAUGACCUUGAUUUUGGGUGUCUAUGGUUCAAAGAACACGUGGAUUGGUCCGAAUUCUUCUGUUCUCGUCGACCUGAAUCCCUUCUUUGUCCAAAGCAUAAAGGUGAAUCAACUGGAUGAUAUGAAACCUGGGCUGAAGUUAUUUGGGUUCUAUAGAUCUCCUUCUCUUGAUGUCAUAGAGACUUGGUCAGAAACUCACCUUUUAUCUCUCUCCGCCGGUUCUCACAAGGGGUGGGCAUACUAUCUGAACCAGGGAACUUGUUUAAAUAUUUCAUACAAUGUCAAAUCACAAGAUUCCUCAGUUCUGCUUGUAAUUGCUCAAGGAGCUGAAGGUUUUUCUCGGUGGUUAGAGGACCCUGCAUUUCCUAACACCACUUUAUCAUGGAAUCUCAUCCAUGGGAGUGGUAUGGUUGAAAUGAAGGUACCCAGAUCUUCAAGUUAUUAUGUUGCUGUGGAUAACUUGAACAGUAUGGACGUAAAGGUGGAAUUGGAUAUUGGUAUAAGGGCUUUCUUGUAUGAUACUACAGAAUCAUUCUACAUGUGUACCUUUGGCGAUGGCGAGUGCUCAUUCGAUGUCAUGUUUCCUCGUGGAAAUUCUUUUGUGUUGACCUCGCCAGCUCUGGAAGAGGAAACAUCUACUGAAGAAUGGUAUGUUAGGUUUUCCUAUCAACCCAGAUGGAUAACAUAUAUAACCGGAACAGUUCUUAUGAGUGGACUCAUGUUGGUGGCAUUGAAAUACCGGCAAUGGUCCCAGUGCAUAAGGGGGGAAGAUGGAAGGAAUUCGGAUCAAGAAGAAUCUCAAAGAAGAGAAGCCCUGCUUUCAAACAAAGAUGAUGAUGGAGGCGGAAGCACUUGUUCUUCUUAUGAAUCCAUUUCCAAUGAUGAGGAUGCUGAUUUGGAAGAGCUCUUGGCAAUGGAGGGUGAAACCAGCAGUGGCGGUAACACCAGACGCCUUUGCGCCAUUUGUUUUGAUGCUCCGAGAGAUUGUUUCUUCCUACCCUGUGGCCAUUGCGUCUCUUGUUUCCAUUGCGGAACUCGGUACGUGCUUUUUCCUCGUGAGACGACACAUCUAAAGUCAGAUCUAAGAGAGGCUCACCCAAAGGAAUCGGAGAUUCCGUGGUUGAAAUCGAGAAUGGAGAGAUCGUGA